GAUUGCUGAUCAAAUAUCGACUAAGAGCAUGCAAAAGGGACUUAAUUAUUACCAGCAAGGCUACAUUCAUGAGGUGACACUUCAGUUCCCGACCGUAUCCGCCAAGUGUUGGCCAUCACUCAGGAAAAACAACUCGCCUCAUCGACUGUCACUUGACCUUGAUGUCGACCGAAUCAAAUAUGCUUAUUGCUCUUGUAAAGCUGGAUUAAGUGGGAAGUGUUCCCAUAUAAUAGGUCUGAUCAAGACAUUGCAGGGAUUCAAGCUCCACAACUUCAAAGAAAUUCCAUCUGAUUUGAGUUCCACAUCCAUGCCACAACAAUGGAACAAGCCAAGGGGAGACAAAAUCUUGCCAGUGCCUAUCAGCCAGGUUGUGGUUGCUAGACCAACUGAGCAACGCAAGCGGAAGCCAAUACAAUGCCACACCAACAUGAAUUACAAGCUACCAAGGGUUGAUAUGGCAAGUCUUCAAACUCUACAGGGCACACCACUCCUGCAUAGAACAGCACAACAUGAUUUGCCUUCGGUGCAAACUCCCCUGGGAGAUGUGCCAAUUGGAUCUGCACUAUCUUAUCAGGUAUAUAUCUACAUAUCUAUGUCAAAGAGGUGCAACUAA